AUGGCGAGGUUCAUCAGUUUGAAGUCGAUCAUCAUCAUCUGUAUCCCUUCUCUAACAAGAAAAUCCUAUCAUCACUACUAUCUACCCAAAACUCUUCCUACCCUUAUUAGUUUUAGAUGUAAUUACUCUUCUCUGCUAUCAACGACGACAUUCAGACGCAAUUCUUAUUAUGAUCGGCCAUUGACAGCCUUCAAAAUUGAGCCGGAACCAAUAUUCUCUUAUGUGAAAUCCUUUGCUCCAGCUACAAUAGCAAACGUGAGCCCGGGCUCUAAUCAGAAUCAGAUCAAUUGCGCCAUCGAUGGCAGUAUCGGCAAUUAUGUUUCCGUUCGCAUUGAUCCAGAGGUUACUCCUGGAAUGCCAGCAAUCUCUGACAUUAAUGGCGUUAUACCCAAGGGAUAUUAUCCUGAAAUUAGUUCCGCCGCUUUACAAGUCAUGACAAAGCUGGGAAUCAAAACCGUCGGUCUUUCCCUCUCUAUAGAGAAGGGAUUACCACCGUCAUGGAGUAUUGAAUCCAAAGCUGCUACUGAUGCUGCAGUUCUUGUUGCUGUUAAUGAGCUUUUCGGCCGGAAAUUGUCGGUCUCAGAAUUAAUUCAGGCGGGUGUCGAUGGACUGAGUUUAAUGGAAUGGGAGGACCCCGAUUAUCAAGUCUUCUUCAUCGAAAUCGAAAUUGAGAACUCGUGUAGACAAGAGAUGGGGGCAUCUAUAAAGGAAACACACAAAGAUUAUGCGAAGACGAAGACGAAGCCUCAUUCGAGUGAGUACUGGGGGCAGAAUGCACCACUAAUUCCUGGUUUUGAAGUGAUACGCGAGACGGCCGAGGGGAAAGCAAUGAGGUGUAGAAUAAUUAAAAACAGGGUCAGUGAUGAUGAUGAUGAUUAUCUAGAGAAGGUGAUGAAAGUAGCAUUGGAGGAAGGAGCAUUUGGGUGUAAGUUGGUUGGGCCUAAGGUUAUAGUUGCAGUUAUUGAUGAUAUGGAGAAAGGUAAAGAGAUUGGAUAUAGAAUGGUUGAAGCUUUCCUCAACCAUGGAGGAGGUUUGAAGGCUUCUGCAAUGGUUCACAAGCUUGAUCGGGUUGGUACCAGGGUUAUUAGUAGAGAAUGA